AUCAAAGUGCACGGUCACUAGUAGGUUAGAUCUCAACAUUGAAUAAUAAACAAUUUUUUAUUAUUAAGAAAUCGUGUAAUUAUGCUCGAUUUAUUUACUAUAUUUAGUAAAGGUGGAAUUGUGCUUUGGUGUUUCCAAAGUACUUCGCAAAUAUUUGCUCCUAGCGUUAAUGCAUUGAUACGAAGUGUCAUAUUGCAAGAACGAACAGGGAAUCACACCUUCGAGUAUGAUUCCUUACGUUUACAGUACAAACUUGACAAUGAAUUCGAGCUAGUGUUUGUUGUCGCCUACCAGAAAAUACUGCAGUUAUCUUACAUAGAUAAGUUUUUAAAUGAUAUCCAUCUGGAAUUCAGAGAUAGAUUUAAAAAUGAAUUGGAGAGGUCCCAGUGGUUUUGUAAUUUCAAUUUUAAAAAUAAUUAUGAGAAUGUACUUGCUAUGGCUGAACAAUGGGCACGAACUCAGGCUAAAUUACCUAAGCAAAUGCGUACAUUUGAUGAAAGUCAAAAAUCAAAAAAGACUGUUGCUAGUAUGAUCGAACGAAAGGAUGACAAAGAUAAUAAAAAACAGGGUAAAAGGAAGAAAGGAAUUAAUACUAGUAAAGAUGAUCAAUCGAAAAUUCAAGAGAUCCCAAAGCAGGAUCUAUCGAAUAAUCGCAACGAAGAAAUAGACGAAGAAAUGUUAAUUGCAAAUCGUAUGAAAUUGGCACAAAAAUUAAACAGUCAAAAAAAGAAAGUCGAUAAACAGAAAAGUCCUAAGCCUGAAAAGGCGGGGAAAAAGCCUCGCGUUUGGGAAUUAGGUGGGACCAUCAAAGACCUCGCUACUCUAGAACGCACUAAAGAUAAGCCAGAGGAAAGCGGCGAUUACGUGGCAGCUGAUAAAACAUUAGUAGGCCAGAUGAAAGGCAGUAUACGUGACUUGGAAGUUGAAACUGAAUCCGAGGAUGAGUCUGACGAGGAAAUCGAAACUUCCAAACCGCAAGUAAAAAAAAAAACGAAUAGCAUGUUUUCAAUGUUCAAGAGUUUGGUUGGCAAUAAGUGCUUGAAACACGAAGACAUGGCUCCGGUUUUAGAAAAGCUGAAGGAUCAUUUAAUUUCGAAAAACGUGGCUGCUGAUAUUUCUCAGAAAUUGUGUGAUUCUGUCGGCGUAAAACUCGAAGGGAAGGUACUCGGUACGUUCGACAGCGUGACGAAUACUGUGAAGGCAACGUUGACGGAGGCAUUGGUACAAAUACUUUCACCGAAAAGACGAGUGGACAUUUUACGAGACGCAAUGGAAGCCAAGAAGAACAACAGACCGUACGUGAUGACAUUUUGCGGCGUAAACGGAGUAGGGAAAUCGACCAACUUGGCGAAAAUCUGUUUCUGGCUGAUCGAAAACAACUUCCGUGUUCUUAUCGCUGCGUGCGAUACAUUUAGAGCCGGUGCAGUCGAGCAACUGAGGACGCAUAUGCGUCACUUGAAUGCCCUACAUCCGGCAGAGAAGCACGGAAAUCAGUCUAUGGUUCAAUUAUACGAAAAGGGUUAUGGGAAAGAUGCCGCCGGCAUAGCUAUGGAAGCGAUACGAUAUGCAAAGGAUUCAAAAAUCGAUGUGGUCUUAGUGGACACUGCUGGUAGAAUGCAAGAUAACGAACCAUUGAUGAGAGCAUUGGCUAAGCUAAUCAAAGUGAACGAGCCAGAUUUAGUACUUUUCGUCGGUGAGGCUUUAGUUGGAAACGAAGCUGUCGAUCAAUUAGUGAAAUUCAAUCAGGCAUUAGCCGAUUAUAGCCAAUCUAGAAAUCCUCAUAUCAUUGAUGGCAUCGUCCUGACUAAAUUUGAUACAAUCGAUGAUAAGGUAGGGGCAGCGAUUUCUAUGACAUACAUUACCGGACAACCUAUUGUUUUUGUUGGUACAGGACAAACUUACACAGACUUGAAGUCGUUAAACGCGAAAGCUGUAGUACACGCUCUGAUGAAAUAAUUGUUGAUCGAUUA